GGGAGAGAAGCGGGAUGUUGUGCUCGCAGCUUCCCUCCUCCUCAGACUGAGCAGCAGAUGGAAGGAGACAUCCAUCACUCAGUCUGCGCACAGGACCAACCUGCAGGCGCGUAAAACCUCCGCGCCAUGCCGCCUCUCCUCUCCCUCUGACCGCCCUGCCUCUCUGCCUGCCGCGCGGCGCUGGCGGGAAAACCAUGAAGACGACGCGGAAAUGUCGCGCGCUGCUGUCGGUAGCUUUGAACCUGGCGGCUCUGUUCUUCUCCACCACCGCCUUCGUCACCACGUACUGGUGCGAGGGCACCCAGCGCGUGCCCAAGCCCACCUGCAGCAAACUGAGGCGCCACAACUGCAUCGACUACGGAGUGAACGAGACGGACCAGAGCAAGGUGCACUACAGCUGGGAGACCGGCGACGACCGCUUCCUGUUCCGCCGCUUCCACACCGGCAUCUGGUUCUCCUGCGAGGAGAACAUCCACGGCGCAGGUGAGAAGUGCCGAAGCUUCAUUGAUCUGGCCCCGGCGUCAGAGAGAGGUGUGCUGUGGCUGUCGGUGGUUUCGGAGGUGCUGUACAUCCUGCUGCUGGUGGUGGGCUUCAGCCUCAUGUGUGUGGAGCUCUUCCACUCCAGCAACGUCAUCGAUGGACUCAAACUCAACGCUUUCGCCGCCGUCUUCACCGUGCUGUCUGGUCUGCUGGGUAUGGUGGCCCACAUGAUGUACACUCAGGUGUUCCAGAUCACAGUCAGUCUGGGUCCUGAAGACUGGAGACCCCACAACUGGGACUACGGUUGGUCCUUCUGCAUGGCGUGGGGUUCCUUCACCUGCUGCAUGGCCGCCUCCGUCACCACCCUCAACUCCUACACAAAGACAGUCAUCGAGUUUCGACACAAACGCAAGCUGUUUGAGCAGGGGCUGCGUGAGGAGCAGAACUACCUGGACCAGGAAGCCUUCCACUACUUUGGGGACCGCUCCCUCCAGUCCAUCUCCAGCACAGUGGAGGUCUACCCUGGACACGGCGCCCCCAGAGCUGGGCCGGGUCCGGGUCAGAUGCAUGGUAAAAUAAGGGGCACGUCAGCCUCCAUAGACCAUGGGGAGAACACGGACUCUCUGGGGGAGGAGCAGUGCUGAGGACUGGAGACUGACUGUUGACCUCCAGAACUUUUUCCUUGGUUUCCGUUUGCAGGAAUCAACCAACUUGACCUGAAGCAAAGUGGGAAAACAUGGACUAAAAGAUGAUGAAUGUUUUUGUUUAUUUCAAUGAUGUCAGUCUAAGAAAAAAAAAAAAACUAAAUGGAAUGUGAGACGAACUGGGAUGGAAAGUAGAUUUUGUCCGGCCUUUAAAUGUAUGUUGUGAAAUAUUUAUUUUGAAAGACUUUGGUUCACUGAAAUAAAAUAAACUCUAAAUAAGUAUUUUUUUUCUUAAAA